AUGGCCAAAGCUUCUUCGUCCAGCUUGGAGCCACCUUCAAAGCGCAAGCGCUCUUCCGGCUCCCAUGACUCCUCCCGCGAACGCAAGGAGAGGAGAGGCAGCACGAGCAGCAGAGGCAGCGAGAGCGAAGCAGACUCGAUAGCCUCCUCUUCGUCCACUGCAUCCUCGUCCAAGAAGAGGAAGAGCAAGUCGUCUUCAUCGAAAGAAGGCAAGGCCGUAGACUCGAGAGCUCCGUACCUUUCCCAAGUCCCCCUCUCCUCAGCAUUUGAACUGCAGUACCCCGUCCUCACUCUCUCCAUCCCCCCCGUGCACGCUUCCCAACCCAUGGUGGCCCUCGUGGAGCUCUUCGACUCCCUCGUGAUGCGCUUCGUGCCGCCCCUGAACGGCAUCCUCAUCAGCCACGGUACAGCUUGUUUCAUGAUAGAUGAAGCCGAGGCAGAGAAGAAUGCACAGGGACCCCCGGUGGAUGGUCAGUGGGCUGGAGUGGGACCAAGCGCCCUCGUUGGCGCUGAUGCUGCAUUCGCUACGUCGAGGGUGGCAGUGGAGUGCUGUGUAUGGCGGCCAAAGGUCGGCAUGAAGGUUGAAGGAACAAUCACCCUCUCCACCCCCUCGCACGUCUCCCUCCUAGUCUACGCAACCUUCAACGCCUCGAUUUCCUCAGACCACAUGACAGACUACGAGUUCAUCGAGUCUUCCUCUCCUCGUCCAGGGGAAGCAGGCCAGACAGAAAGCGAGGCAGGGGCGGGGGAAGAGGAGGAAUAUGGCUACUGGCGUCACAAGGUCACACGAGAGCGUCUAGGCGCUUCCACUGGUGGCAGGGUGCAAUUCGCAAUCGUCUCCCUCACGAUCUCCCCUCCUUCACUCUCCCUGUCUGGUUCUCUACUAGACAGACCCUUCGAGGUUGCCCCGCCCAGAUCGGUUGGGCUCUCUGCCGGUGCAGGCGGGUGGACACCGAGUAAUGCUGCCGCCAAGGGGAUGCAGAAGGAGGAUAGGGAGGCAAUCAAGAAGGCCACAAGGCGCGUCAGGUGGGAAGAAGACGACGAGGAGAGUGACGAUGAUGAUGCUACUGGGCUGUCGAGUGGGGCAGGACCAGAGGUUAAGCCGGGGAAGCACGUCAAGUUUUGA